AUGAACUGCCCAAGUACUGGCGGCGGCGUGACCCUGCGCGGCGGCAGAGGACCUCGCCAGGACCCCAUCCACGGUGGUCGGGCCAUUCGCAGACCUGACGGUGACAACGAGGGCAUCCGGCUGGGAGGUAGCGACGCCACCGAGCUAGACGGCAACGCUGAACCAGCCCGCCCCGAGCCCUCUGCAUCUGUAGUCCUCUCUUGCGCCCUGCAAUUGCCGACACCCAUAUCUACGAGUUCCGGCGUCACCCCCGGCGGCGACGGCGACCGCUUCUCCCAGAAGCGAGACGCCGGCCCGCACGCGUCUAGUUGCCUCCCUGCUGGGCUAUCGCCGUUGCUGGCAAACUCGCUUCGCUCACAUCACCACCGAAGAAACCAGCCUCUUGGCCUUGCCUCCGCCCCCGCAGCCCAGCAUGAUUUCAUCGGAGCACACCGCCCCGAGUUCUUCUCUCACCACCGUCAUCGUUCUCCUCCCUGUUCAUUGUGCGUGAGGAGCACGUACUCAGGCGAUGAGCCAUUCGUUCAGGUUAUGCUUCAAGCUAAAGUCACCGGGAGGAGUUUGGUAGGACGAAAUGCGAGCCUUCAAAACAAGGAGCGGGAGGCUAGAAUAAAGAAGCAGCUCAAGAAUCCUGAACUACCACCAUCUCCAUACGACACGGCAUGGGUUGCUAUGGUGCCCUUGCGGGGUUAUCCGAGGGCUCCACACUUCCCUCAGUGUGUCGAAUGGAUAUUGCAAAACCAACAGGACGAUGGUUCUUGGGGUAUCGGCGAAUUCGACUCAUCAACACACAAGUUUAUUCUCUUAUCCACAUUGGCUUGUGUUAUUGCACUCAAGAAAUGGAAUGUUGGCCCGGAGCACAUAAAGAGAGGACUACAUUUUGUUGGAAGAAAAUUAUCAUUCUCUAUAGAUGAGAAGAUUGCUGCUCCUAUAGGUUUCAAUAUUACUUUUCCUGGUAUGAUUAGCCUAGCCAUUGGAAUGGGCUUGGAAUUUCCUGUUAGGCAAACUAAUAUUGAUGGGAUUCUUAGCAUCCAGCAGAUUGAACUGAAAAGAUUUGCAGGGGAUAAAUCCGAUGGGAGAGAAGCAUACAUGGCUUAUGCUGCUGAAGGGUUAGGAAACCUGGUGGACUGGAAUGAAGUUAUGAAGUUCCAGAGGAAGAACGGAUCAUUGUUCAACUCUCCUUCCACUACUGCUGCUGCAGUAAUCUACUCUUAUGAUGAAAAAGCCCUCGGAUACCUAAACUUUCUCGUUAGCAAAUUUGGUAGCGCAGUACCAACAGUGUUCCCAAGAAAUAUAUCUUGUCAGCUUUCAAUGGUGGAUUCCCUUGAGAAGAUUGGAAUAUCUCAUCAUUUUUCUAGUGAGAUAAAAAGUAUCCUGGACAUGACGCACAGUUUAUGGCUACAGAGAGAUGAAGAAAUCUUGUUGGAUGUAGCAACAUGCGCAAUGGCGUUUCGUAUUUUACGGAUGAAUGGAUAUGAUGUUUCUUCAGAUGAGUUAUCCCAUGUUGCUGAAGCCUCCACUUUCAAUAAUUCACUUCAAGGAUAUCUGGAUGAUACAAAAUCUUUGUUGGAACUAUACAAGGCUUCAAGAGUUAGUGUAUCAAAAAAAGAAUUGAUCCUAGAUAACAUAGGCUACUGGUCAGGCAGCCUAUUAUUGGAGAAGUUGUGUUCGGAUAGGGUUCAUAGAGAGCCAAUGUUUGAGGAGGUGGAGUAUGCCCUUAAUUUUCCCUUUUAUGCCACAAUGGAACGGCUAGACCAUAGGAGGAACAUCGAACAUUUCGAUGUUAUGGGUUCUCAGAUGCUGAAGACAACAACAUACUUGCCAUGUCAUGUCAGCAAAGACCACCUUGCUUUGGCUGUUGAAGAUUUCACCUUUUCUCAGAUUAUUUACCAGGAUGAACUCUUGCAUCUUGAAAGUUGGGUGAAAGAGAACAGGCUGGACCAGCUACAAUUUGCACGGCAGGUGGUGACAUAUUGUUAUCUUUGUCCUUCCGCUACCAUAUUCCCUCCAGGACUAUCUGAUGCUCGGAUUUCUUGGGCCAAAAGUUCUAUACUCGCAACUAUUUCUGAUGACUUCUUCGAUGUUGCGGGAUCAAGAGAAGAGUUAGAAAACCUUGUAGCCUUAGUUGAGAAGUGGGACAAGCACCAAGAACUUCAGUUUUACUCUGAGAGAGUAAAAAUAUUAUUUUGUGCUAUAUAUACUACAGUAAAUCAGCUUGCAGAAAUGGCUUCUGCAGUACAAAACCGUGAUGUUAGCAAACACUUGAUAGAACUGUGGGUAGAUGCAUUGAGGUCUAUGAUGACUGAAGCAGAAUGGAUGUGGAGCCAAUAUUUGCCAACAAUGGAUGAGUACAUGACAAGUGCAAAUGUCUCCUACAUAUUGGGGCCUAUUGUGCUCCCGUCAUUGUACUUCGUUGGGCAAGAGCUUUCGGAGUCAGUUGUCAAAGAUCAAGAGUACAAUGAGUUAUUCAUGUUAAUGAGCACUUGUGGCCGUUUCCUGAAUGACACCCAAGGCUUUGAGAGGGAGGGGAGCCAAGGAAAAGUGAAUAGUGUUUCGCUACUUAUUCUUCAAAGUGGUGGUUCUAUGUCCACAAAAGCGGCUAAAAAGGCAAUAGAGGAAUCUAUAGCCUCGUGUCGAAAAGACUUGCUGAGGUUGGUUCUUAGGGAAGACAGUGUUGUUCCUAGGCCAUGCAAGGAGCUGUUCUGGAAGAUGUGCAAGAUAAAUCACUUGUUCUACUCUCAGAUUGAUGGGUUUAGCUCGCCAACAGCAAUGGUCGGUGCAGCAAAUGCGGUUAUCUAUGAGCCUCUCAAACUCCAAACUAGCAAUCCAUCAUCAGAUGUUAAAGUAGAAGAUUAG